AUGGUUGAUUAUCGAGGCAAACUGGUGCUUGCGCCGAUGGUUAGAGCCGGCGAGCUACCAACACGUCUCCUGGCACUGAGAUACGGUGCUGAUCUCGUCUGGAGCCCCGAGAUUAUUGAUAAGAAGAUUAUAACUUGUGAAAGGAUAGUGAAUUCCAAGCUGGGGACCGUUGACUACCUCUCUCCAGGGCAUACGAAGAUCCCAGGUAUCACGAACCUGGUGUUUAGGACUCACCCGAAAUUGGAACACUCAAAGCUGAUAUUCCAAAUGGGCACUGCUAAUCCCGAUAUUGCUGUUGAGGCUGCCAACAAAGUUAUAGAUGACGUCUCUGGUAUCGACAUCAAUGCUGGUUGUCCAAAGCACUUCUCCAUACACUCUGGUAUGGGUGCUGCUCUGUUGAAAACACCUGACCUGCUGUGCUCCAUCUUGACAAGUCUGGUGGAGAAAGUCGGUAAACCGAAGGGUAAACCAAUAAGCGUCAAGAUUAGACUAAUGCCAGAACAGGACAAGACGCUAGAACUUGUUGAGAGAUUGGUACAGACCGGCAUAACCAAUCUGACGUUACACUGUCGUACCCAACAGAUGAGAAACAGAGAGGCUCCUAUACGGUAUUACGUUGAUAAGGUCAAGUCGAUCUGUGAUAAAGCCGGUGUGAGCUUUAUCAUCAACGGUGCAUUGCUGGAUAGAAAGGAUUUCAUCAAAUUACAGCAAGAAUUUGGUAAAGAUUGUGGAGGUAUGAUUGCUGAGAAGGCUGAACAGAAUCCAACUGUCUUCAACGAAUCACCUCUAGACUGGAAAUCCGCAGUGAAGGAGUACAUCGAGCUGGCACAAGAGAUGGACAACUUCUUUGGUAAUUCCAAGUACAUGUUAACGAGAAUGGUCCCAGGAAAGGAGUCAUGGUAUCAGGUGAUGAUAAAAGCAAAGACAUAUGACGAUAUACGUGAAAUGCUAAAACUGCUUGAUUCAAAGAGUGAGCAGGGCAAGAAGCACAAGAUUGAUGACGAAGAGGAAAACAGUGCCAUUCCUCCAAAGAGACAACAGAUAUCUACAUAG